AUGGCUUCAUCACAUCCUGCUGCGAUCCUAGCGGGAAAAGGAGGCCCGUUUGUCGCCGAACCUCGCCCAACUCCCACUCCAGGUCCAUUGGAAAUGCUCAUCGAGGUCAAAGUUGUGGCCUUGAACCCUGUCGACUACUACCAGCGCGACUUCGGAAUGAUGGUGCCAACAUAUCCAGCUGUCAUUGGCUCCGACGUGGCUGGCAUCGUCGCCGCGGUUGGCUCUGAGGUUCACACGUCACUCGCCGUCGGAAGCCGCGUGCUUGCCUUCGCCUCUGCCUUCUUCCAGAACGGUUCUCCAGAUCAUGGCGCUUUCCAAAAGCUUACUCUGGCGCCAUGGGAGGGUGUCAUCGCAAUUCCAGACGAUUUGUCCUUCGAGAGUGCAGCAAUGUUGCCCCUCGCCGCGUAUACUGCCUUGACCGCUUGGGUCGCUGUUGACAUACCUCUCGAAACUCGUUACAACCCGUCGGACAAUCAAGCCGUGCUGAUCUGGGGCGCUUCGAGCAGCGUUGGCAGUGUAUCCGUUCAAUCAGCCAAGGCAAUGGGUUUCACCAUUUACGCCACCGCCAGCGCUCAACACCAUGACUAUAUCAAACAGCUUGGGGCGGAUGCCGUGUUCGAUUACAAGUCGCCCGGAGUUGUGACUCAAAUUGUCAACAAGGUCAAAUCAGAUGGAGUCAGGCUCCACACGGCUCACGCUGUGGUAGACGGUGCGCUGCAGCCGAUCUUGGAUGUCCUUAAGCAUGUUAAGGGCGAUGCCGCCGCUAAAGUCACACAUUCGCCAUUGCUUCCGGAAAACCAUCCAACGCUGGAUGACACAAUGAUCGUGUUCAACCAGCCAGAUAUGGACUCAGCAGCCCGCAACAAGCACCUCUACAAGAUAUUUCACGAAUGGGUAGCUCCAGGCUUGAGGUCCGGCGCGGUUGUUCCGAGUCCGAGAUUGCAGAUUGAGGCAGGUGGUUUGGCAGGGAUAAACGCUGCGUUGGAGAAGCUCAAGGCUGGAGUCAGUGCUACCAAGAUCGUUGUGCCAAUCUGA